UCCGUCAGCUGGCAAGAUGGCCGACUGCAAGGAAAAAAUCUUGCACUACGGCAAACGACUAGAGAAAAAUCAGAGCGAUGAAAAGGUUUUGGAAACUCUUCGGAAGCUUCAAAAAGUGCCAAUGACAUUACACCUACUACAGGACACUGGCAUUGGACGAACUGUGAACCAUUUGAAGAAGAACAGCGGUGUCGUCGGAGAGUUGGCCCGGGCUAUCAUCAGCUCAUGGAAACAGGUGGUCUCAGACUCCACGGCUGAAUAUCCCGAGCCGCAGCAGCUUCCGCCAGUGUCAUCGAAGAGACACCACGAGGGCAAGCAAGAUGGGCCGCCAGUUAAAGCUAGUCGGACAUCGAAGCCAUACUCCAUUGAAGUCGAAACGUCUAGCCCCAUCGAGAAUGCUUCUACACACUCCCGCCACAGACAGAAUGGCGACACCCACCAAAACGACAGGCAUCACCAUGGCCACCACCAUCACCACCAGAACUCAUCUAGACAUCACCACAAGGAAGAACGGGCAGCUACACCACCACCAGCACCACCACCACCAAAGGUCGACCCACCUCCAAAGAAAAGUGCCGAAAAGAAGGUGGAUAAGAAACAGAUGAAGAAGCUUCUCAAGAAGGCAGGUCACAGUGAAGGGGGCCUAGACGGCUCCAUAGCGUCUUUCGAGGCUUGUCUCGGCCUCAACGACACGGUGCCCCUGCCCAAGCCCAAGAAAAAGCCCCAGGCCGUCAGUCCUUCCAAGAAGCAGCACCCAUCUAGGGUUGAGCCCACGAAGGAGGCCACCAAGCAGCACUCUUCCAAGGCGCCGAAUCCUUCUCGUUCAAAAAAUGGUGAGAGCAGUGGUCAUAGCAGCGGCGGCAGCAGGAGCAGCAAACAUUCAAACAAAAAGGAGCAGCUCAUGCCUGAGGCUCUGCGAAAGCCCGACUUGCCUCCCUUGGACAGGGACGAAGUUUCGUCAAUGCUGCCCGAGAUACAACCUGUGUACAAGCCACUGCCACACCGGUCAUUUAUUGAUGAUCCACCAUCAAAACCACUCAAGAAAAACUUAACGAAUGAGGAAGCCAUCGUCUUCACGUCUUCACGAAAGGACAGGACGCUAGUCUACUCCGGCCGGAAAUGUGCUCUGUCCGAGAUUCCAACUCUGUACGACAUGUGUCUCAAGGUGCUCAUAGACAACGUAGAAGGUAUGGCGUACACAGGAGGCGUUCCAUAUGACAUCCUCAGGCCAAUUUUAGAGAAGUGUACCCCCAAGCAACUGUACACUCUCGAAGACUACAAUCCUUACCUCCUCGACGACACUGAUGAACUGUGGCAAGUACACUGUACUAGGGAAUUCAAGAGCAGUUGUCCAGACGCGGGAGAAACAUGGAGAGAGUUGUACCUGAAAAAGUUUGAUGAACGUGAAGAGAAGUUCAAGUCAUUGACAGCCACGAUCACUGCUUCCAUGGCCAAGGCUACGCCAGUGCGUCAGACCAAGCUGGCUUACGUCGACACAGUGGCCAAGCCUCCCCGUAAUGUUGCCAGGCAACAGGCCAAGCACGGCACGGGUUUGCAGUCGGCUGUUCCAGUCAGGCCUUCCGACCGUCUGUCGUCGCGGCCCGCAUCCUCCCCAAGCGCUAGUGCCAGCAUCAGUCGGCCAUCCGCGGCCACACCGGCAAUACCUAAGAAACCAAAGGUUGCACCAUUAAUGCAGAAGACCCUCAAGUUUAUGAAGCAGCGUUUCAAGAGAUAAUGACAACUCCUGUGGCAUUUGCUUUGUACAGAACGAGAUAGAGAUACCUGCACCUGAUGACGAUGAGACAUGCAAAGCAGGAUGACAUUGGGUCUCAUCUCAUCACCAACCUUGUAGAGGAUGUUUGUAAAAUAAGAGAUGCAGGUUAUUUAACAGGACGUAGCAUCCACCCACUAAGCUCUAACGGAAGUGUGCAAUGCACACAUCUGGAACACAAUUCUUUGUUGUGCAUGCAUUUGCUGCUGGAAGUUUCGUGAAUUCUGUAGCUCCAGGGCACUUCACACUUUUGUUAUUACCGUUUUUUCGGCGCGAAUAGCAGCUUUUAUUAUUGUGAAGGCCAUGAUGCAUUGCGAGAUCGUGCCCGCUGUUGUAGAAAACGACAACAGUUUGUGCAUCAUUUCGAAAUCGCCGACUUUAAUGCUAUGUAAAUAAGCCCAACAUCUGCGUUGUGUGUAGUAAAUGACAAAUUGUUGUGUUGCUGUCUUGUACAAUGCUGGUGAACCUAUUUUCUUUCUUUUUUUUUUUGAUUAAGCAUUCACUGUCGGUUUUUUUAUCGUCAUCACCUUUUCUGUGGCUCUCUACCUUUACAAAAAGUUCGCGAAGCGUCGAGAAAAAAAUUCAAAAAGUCAAGCGUUCAUAGAUUUAAUAGAGUAUUUUCUUCCGCACACUGUUCUUUUGUGUGUGCAUAUGUCAGCAUAUGUGUGUAUGGUGUGUUGACGUGUGGUGUAUGGUGUGUUGAAUGCAUGAAAUAAUAAAAUGUGGCUCCGUGAA